CUACCAUCUGAAGAGACACAGCCAAGAUGACGGAAGUCAAACAGAAGAAGAAACGGACCUUUAGGAAAUUCACUUACAGAGGUGUUGAUCUGGAUCAGCUCCUCAAUAUGUCCUACGAGCAGCUGAUGCAGCUGUACAGCGCUCGCCAGUGCAGGCAUCUGAACCGCGGCCUGCGUCGUAAGAAGCAUUCCCUCCUGAAGCGUCUUCACAAGGCCAAGAAGAAGGCCCCUCCCAUGGAGAAACCAGAGGCAGUCAAAACUCACCUGCAUGACAUGAUCAUCCUCCCCAAGAGUGGCGUAUACAAUGGCAAAACCUUCAACCAGGUGGAAAUCAAGCCCGAGAUGAUUGGCCACUACCUGGGCAAGUUUUCCAUCACUUACAAGCCAGUGAAACAUGGCAGACCUGGUAUCGGUGCUACCCACUCAUCUAGGUUCAUUCCUCUGAAUGGAAUGAUGCUUCGGGAAAAUGUUUAG